AGAUUGUUCUACACUGUGAGUUCCAGGGCAGCCCUGGCUACAUAGAGAGACCCUGUCUCAAAAAGGAGGAGGAAGAGGAAAAAGAGGAGGGUUUGAUGGAAGCCAGAAAUGUUAGAGCAUGAUAAAGCAGGAAUGUUACCAGGUGAAAGCUAGACUGAACUACAGAGAUCCCCCAUCUCAACAUAAAGAAGUGACACACUUCCUCCUACAAGGCCACACCCCCAAUCAUGCCACUCCUGGGGCCAUCUACACUCAGACCGCUCCACUGUGGUAGCUCCUAAGAUGUAGCUUCUGCUCUGCACAGCUGACACUGCAUUGCCCAAGCUCUUGAAACAAUUUGAAUUCAGAGGGACAAUAUGGAAAGAUGGAUCAAGUCGCAACUAGGAGUUGACAGGUGUCUGGUAACCAGUGCGGCGGUGGAGAUGGCAACCUCGCUGGGAACGCGCUGGGGAGCCUGAGCCCGCAGCCGGAGACGCACUGCUCCUUGUGCUCCACCGCCCGCCACGCCGCCGCGCAGACCCUCCAUCUUCCAUUUCAGCUCCGGGCCAGGCUCGACCCUGCCCCGGGGUGGGGUAGGGAGCGGGCUCCCGCUUCUCUCGGGGCUCCAGGUCGUUCUCCACCCCCGGGCCCUCUGCGACUCAAUUGCCUGGGUCCCCCCUCCCCCGCCACACACACUCACACGCGCCCGCGAGCACACACGCACGCACACAACACACUCACACGCCAGCAGGCUGCUGGCCGCUCAAUGGACCGAUUUCCCCGGUUUCCCUGAACCCAGCCUAGCCCGGGAUGAGAAAUUGCAAAAUGGCCCGAGUCGCCAGUGUGCUAGGGCUGGUCAUGCUCAGCGUGGCCCUGCUGAUUUUAUCGCUUAUCAGCUACGUGUCUCUGAAAAAGGAGAACAUCUUCACCACUCCCAAGUACGCCAGCCCGGGGGCGCCCCGAAUGUACAUGUUCCACGCGGGAUUCCGGUCACAGUUUGCACUGAAGUUUCUAGACCAGUCAUUUGUGCCCAUUACGAAUUCUCUCACCCAUGAACUCCAAGAGAAACCUUCUAAAUGGACAUUUAAUCGGACAGCGUUUUUACAUCAAAGGCAAGAAAUUCUUCAGCAUGUCGAUGUAAUAAAAAAUUUUUCUUUGACCAAGAGUAGUGUUCGGAUUGGACAACUAAUGCAUUAUGAUUAUUCCAGCCAUAAAUAUGUCUUCUCGAUUAGCAAUAACUUCCGGUCCCUGCUCCCAGAUGUGUCGCCCAUUAUGAAUAAGCGUUAUAAUGUUUGUGCUGUGGUUGGAAACAGUGGAAUCUUGACAGGGAGUCAGUGUGGACAAGAAAUAGAUAAAUCAGAUUUUGUUUUUCGAUGCAAUUUUGCCCCGACAGAGGCUUUCCACAAAGAUGUUGGAAGGAAAACCAACCUCACAACCUUCAAUCCGAGCAUCUUAGAGAAAUAUUACAACAAUCUUUUAACCAUUCAGGACCGUAACAACUUCUUCCUCAGUUUAAAAAAGCUUGAUGGGGCCAUACUUUGGAUCCCUGCAUUUUUCUUCCACACUUCUGCAACUGUAACGAGAACGCUAGUGGAUUUUUUUGUUGAGCACAGAGGUCAGUUAAAGGUCCAGUUGGCUUGGCCUGGAAAUAUCAUGCAACAUGUCAACAGGUACUGGAAAAACAAACACCUGUCACCCAAACGACUGAGCACAGGUAUCCUAAUGUAUACUCUUGCAUCUGCAAUAUGUGAAGAGAUCCACUUGUACGGUUUCUGGCCCUUUGGAUUUGACCCCAACACCAGGGAGGAUCUGCCCUACCACUACUAUGACAAAAAAGGAACCAAAUUUACCACCAAGUGGCAGGAGUCUCACCAGCUGCCUGCUGAGUUUCAGCUGCUCUAUCGAAUGCAUGGGGAAGGGCUCACGAAGCUCACUCUGUCACACUGUGCCUAAGAACUCCAAAUGGAAAGUGCCAAACGGCUGAUUAAAAAGUGCCCCCACCCCCAAACCAAAUUGAAUAGUCUCCAGAACAGAACCCAUAGACAAUCUGGCAAAGCCUGUCUGCCACUUACAAGGAAAGACGCCUUCUCUUCCUCUUUUGCACUGCUCUUUGAAUGGUCUUAACAAACUUAGGACAGGUGCAUUGAAGCCGUGUGAUUUAGACUUGAUUGGGAAAAGGUUAUAUUGCAUUUGGAAGUAUGCUGCACAGAGAAUAGCUUGAAAUAGUUCUAAGUUUGUAUUUUAAUAAUAAACCGACUCCCAUGUGAAUGAGGAAUGUGACUGUCAUCUCCUCCUCUCUACUUUGAUAUAGUCCUCACAACCAGGGAGCUCUGGCCAGCUCCAGCAGGAUCUCUUUAGCCAAGGGGAUCAGAAUCUUCAAAAUAAAAAGUAAAAAAACUGGUUUGCAGGUUGCAUUCUCUCUCUCUCUCUCUCUCUCUCUCUCUCUCUCUCUCUCACACACACACACACACACACACACACACACACACACACACUUCCUGUUGCCCUAGUACCAAUUAGGAAUACUUCUGGGCUAGCUUUGCUUGUAUGUGUUUGCAUCUGUACCCAUUGUGUUCAAGGCUCUGGAUAACUUGGAUGUUUCAUAACAAACUGAGCAAAUCUUAAUGUCUUCCCCCGUGAAGAAUUCUAUAGGAAAUGCCUCUUAUUCUUACUGGUCCAUAUUGUUAUUCUACAGCAUGGUGGUCUAUUUGAGUAGAGUGGCAUAAGCUACAGUGUCUCUUCUUUCUGUCAAAAAGAAAGCCCACAGUGUGGGUAGCAUUGUGUCUGUUGGCAUGAGCGAAGUUGUGGCAGAUCCUGCAAGGGCUUUCUAGUGUAGCCUUCAACUAUUUAAUUUCAAGCGCUAGGCUGGGCACUCUCUCAGAAAAAAAAAAGAGUCAUUGGGUUAAUUUAAACCCUAGGGACUAUAAAGAAAGGGGAAGAAGAGUGUUUGCAGGUUGUAUACUCUGCAAAGAAUUGUGACCAUUGGAGACAUUGGAGAAGCACAAGAGUUGGUGUAGAAGACAAACUAGAGCUUUGGCCAGACUGGUCCCUGUGUGACGCAUGUUAGCAUUAGUCAUGUCAGAUCCUUUCUGUGACAUCUCCACCAACAAGGAUCUAGACAUGCUUGCUUUCUUUGAAACAGUUGAAGAUAUUAUUCUCUGUUUCCAAGUCUGUGUGCCUAUACAUUGAGCAUCUCAAAAAAGAAAAGCCAUUAUGCAGUGGGAAUACUUGGUCCUAAGUAACCUUUGGGAUUUGAGAUCAGCUGGCCAUUGUUCUCACUGCUUCAGCUGUAUCCGUAGAAAUCACAUCGCUCCCAUCCCAGGCGUUUACACUGAGCAGCACUUUGUUCUUGCAAUUCAACCCAAAGUCUGGCCAAGUUGAUGUUAAAUUUUCAUAAGACUUUCCUCUUUACAAGGGCCCAUGGAGCACAUUUGUUAUAUGUUCCAGUGGGUUAUCUUGUUCUUGUCCAGAAAUCUCAUCUAGACAGCUUACAGUGUUGUAAAUAUUUUUAAAAGCCCUUGCUAUAGUUCAGGCAUCAGUGUACUGGCCCUUUUUGGGAAAAAACAAAACCAACCAUUCCUAAAAAGAAGUGGAGUAAGGACAUGCACUGUUCUUGUGUAGCGCCUGGUCCUGGAGCUGCACUGGUCUUUUCGAGGAGAUAAAUCGACCCCAGAUAAAUCUAGUGAAAGAAAGCCACUCAGAUCCAAACACAAUGCCAACUGUGGCACAUCUUACCCUUUGUGAAUGCCAGCCACUUAGAUAGAGGAGAGGAACUAGGGGCUAAAUAUUUCAAAAUAAGAAGCAUUUACUAUGCACAGGAUAGUAAGAAAAUUAAAAUUAUAAGGUAUUUUUAAAAACACUUUAGAAUUCAAGGACAAUUUCAUGGGCAUGAAAAUUAUACCAUGGCUGUGCCCUGUCACAGUAAGCCACACCAUGGCUGUGCCCUGUCACUUUAAAGAGUGCAGGACACCAUGCUGCUACUCUGGAUGGGUGUGGGUCAUGGAGACUUGACAGAAUUGCAGCAGUUAUCAUCAGGACUGAAAAGCCUAGCUAUUCCUAAGCCCUUAGCUCAUUUGGUUGCAGCUAAGUUAUUCCAAUGCUAACAUUAUCCAGGCCAGAUUCUGACUCGAAAGCUUUAAUUUCAGUGUGCCCAUCAGGUCUUACUAAAUAUAAACUUGGACUCUUUACACUAAGCAAGACAAAAUACUCAAAGACUAGAAGAUCCCCAAAGCUAGUUGAAUGUUGUGGUGUUUUUUGUUAUUUUUUUUAAUGCACCUUUUAACCUCAGUUGUAUCCUGGACCUGCUGUUCUGACCAACUGAUUCUACAAUUUUUUUUUUCUGUUUCCCAAAACUAUUUCAACAUGUAAACCAAUGCAACAGCUUUCAUGGCAGGAAGAUUUUCUUAUUAGAAAAGCAGCCAGAGUUUGUUGGCUCUCCCACAGUCCCCAGGCUUGUAGGCUCAAAUGCAGUGGACAGAGCAGAGGGACCAUUGAGUUUCCUGUUUAUGCAGCUACACGCUCAUACCCCACCCUUCUAUGUUGGCUCCACUUGGUUGGAUCUGGGUUAGUACAUUCUUUUCUUAGAAACAUACUCAUUUUUUUCGGCUACCUAGAGCUGAGUACACCAUCAGCUAUGUGAAUAAAUUUCACUAUAAUGCUCCCAAGGCUGUCUGAAAAUAACUACUUACUUAGCAGAGAAGACAAGGAAAUUUACAAACUCCUGGCAGCAUGAGUCAAAAGGUGGUUGCCAUGACUUCCUCCCACACCCGGAAAUUUGGGGUCUGUGUGUGAGUCUAUGGAGCUGGUGAUCCAACCCAGGACCUUGCUCAUGGUAGACAAAUACUCUACCAUUGAUCUCCAUUCCCAGACUGUGUUCUCAUGCUAAGCAACUUUAACCGUUAUUUUUAAAAAUGCAGUCUAUCUAGUAGUACUGUGUGUCUGCCAAUGCUGAAUAUGACCACUGAACCAUCUGUCUCUGACCUGAAUAUCAGACAUGGGCUAUAGCAAGGAUAUACAAAGGAAGACCCCGUUCAUUCACCUAACCUUCUGGUACCAAGGCUGUCAGUGCCAAUGGAUAUGAGUGUCCAGACAAAACUAAUAUAUCAGAGAAUUCAAUGAAUAUGAGUCCAUGCUAUCUCACCUCAAGCAAGGCCCCAAACACUCAGACAAUAAUUCAUGAGCCCCAGAGAAGCAGGAACAAUAGAAAGGGAGAAGUCAUUGAGUUUUCUAACCCAUGUUGGCUUUACAAAUAUUAAGGUUGAGAUACAGAUAGACUAAUAGAUUUUCCCCAAAAUUUUACAUAGAUAAUUAUUGACGUUAUGAUUUCACAUAUUAAUCUUAUCAGAAUCAAAGAUCAGGUCAAAGGAAAGCAACUUAACUCUGGAAUAUUUGGAGCGUAAACAUAAUGGAGAGGGGCCGUAAGGGAAGAAGGGGAAAAGACUACUAAAUGCACUUGCCUGGGUACACAGCAGUAGGGGAGAUACCUGCCCAGUACACAGCAGCCUGCUGAAAACCACCCACUCUCCCCUAAAAUGAGAGAGAAACCUGUUAAUCCUUGACUGAUAAGUCCCAGUUCUGUUAUUGAUGGUACACAGCUGACAGAUGAAAUUGUACCUGAUAGUAUAUUCAUCUCAAUAAAAUCAUGUGUGCAUGAUUUAGAAUUUGAAGGCUAAAAGUGGCUGUGUACUUCUCCUUGUAUAUAAAACUUUCAGCAAGGGCCCCUUGAGUUAAGAAACAUUUUCCAUCAUGUAAGUAAUCGAGACAACAGCCUUUGAACUAUUGUAUUCGUUCAUUUCACUAAGAUUGUACAAAGCAUAGUGGAAAACUUUGGUGGUUCUUCAUUUUUUCAAAAGACAUUCUGAGAUCUUGUCUGUGUCGUUCUGGGUCUUUAAGCCCCUCUUCUCAUAACUGUUUGAAUGUAUCAGACAAAUAUUUGCUUAGCUUCUACUACUUCCCCACUGUGUAUAACUGACCUUGUGACCAGAGUUGGGACUGUGUAUGUGUGACUGAAGAGCUCUAAUGGAACACCAUGGGUUCCGGGAAUCGAAGGCAUUUCACCAGUCAGUCUAAGCCGCUUAAUCCGUGGACCUUUUAACCGAGGCCACCAAUGAAUUGAUACCAAGGACCAAAAUGACGAAUCCUGCCUCCCUCACACUCUGACUGCUUUGCCACAUAAAUAGAACAUUUCAAAUGGGAAAUGUUUUCGAAUGUUAUGGUUUGUUAUGUGAUAUUUGUUGAGCAUUUAUUUUUAUUGUAAUGAUUUGUUAAAGACAUGUGUGGUUGAAUAGAUGUUUUAAUCCUU